AUGAACGGCAAGCCCAUGUUCAAUGAAAUUGGCGAAGUCUCUUAUGCACGUGCCAGUGGUCCAGGUGGUCAGAAUGUGAACAAAGUUAACUCCAAGGCUCAACUACGUGUCUCACUAGACCAGCUCCUCCCUCUACUGCCUUCCGUCCUACACGAUGGCAUCCGUAAAUCGCCUCAUUAUGCUGCCAGAACGAACUCUUUACUCAUACAAUCCGAUGAGAGUCGGAAGCAGCUAGCCAACAAGGAGACUUGCUAUAGUAAGCUUCAGUCGCUGGUCGAGGAGGUAUACCAAAAGAGCGUACCAGGCGAGACGUCAGCUGAACAGCACGAGCACGUCAAGAAACUCCAGAAAGCCGACAAUGAGAACCGUCUGAAAAAGAAAAAGAUCCAUUCCAGCAAAAAGGCUGCACGUAAAGGUGGUGGAGAUGACUGA